GGCGGGAGGGCUUCUGUGAUAGAAAGGGAGGUCCGCUCGGCCGGGCGCGCCGCCCCAGUGCUCUGUGGGAUACUGGAAGUCUCGAGCGUCUCCUCCCGGUUCCCAGCCCUCCUCUGGCCCGCACUCAUAGAAACAGCCACACACCCCCUGCCUCCCCUCUCUUCCCUCUCCGCCUCCCCCUCGCGAUAAGAAGACCCGGCGGCAGGAGAGGGGAUGAAGAUGGCGGACGCGAAGCAGAAGCGGAACGAGCAGCUGAAGCGCUGGAUCGGCUCCGAGACGGACCUCGAGCCUCCCGUGGUGAAGCGCCAGAAGACCAAGGUGAAGUUCGACGAUGGCGCCGUCUUCCUGGCUGCUUGUUCCAGCGGCGACACGGACGAGGUCCUCAAGCUGCUGCAUCGCGGCGCCGACAUCAAUUACGCCAAUGUGGACGGACUCACUGCCCUGCACCAGGCUUGCAUUGAUGACAAUGUUGAUAUGGUGAAGUUUCUGGUAGAAAAUGGAGCAAAUAUUAAUCAACCUGAUAAUGAAGGCUGGAUACCACUACAUGCAGCUGCUUCCUGUGGAUAUCUCGAUAUUGCUGAGUUUUUGAUUGGUCAUGGAGCACAUGUAGGAGCUGUUAACAGUGAAGGAGACACACCUUUAGAUAUUGCUGAGGAGGAGGCAAUGGAAGAGCUACUUCAAAAUGAAGUUAAUCGGCAAGGGGUUGAUAUAGAAGCAGCUCGAAAGGAAGAAGAACGGAUAAUGCUAAGAGAUGCAAGACAGUGGCUAAAUAGUGGCCAUAUAAAUGAUGUCCGACACGCAAAAUCUGGAGGUACAGCACUUCAUGUUGCAGCAGCUAAAGGCUAUACAGAAGUUUUAAAACUUUUAAUACAGGCAGGCUAUGAUGUUAAUAUUAAAGAUUACGAUGGCUGGACACCUCUUCAUGCUGCAGCUCACUGGGGUAAAGAAGAAGCAUGUCGAAUAUUAGUGGACAAUCUGUGUGAUAUGGAGAUGGUCAACAAAGUGGGCCAGACAGCCUUUGAUGUAGCAGAUGAAGACAUUUUAGGAUAUUUAGAAGAGUUGCAAAAGAAACAAAAUCUGCUCCACAGUGAAAAACGGGAGAAGAAAUCUCCACUAAUUGAAUCAACGGCCAAUAUGGACAAUAAUCAGUCACAGAAGACCUUUAAAAACAAAGAGACACUGAUUAUUGAGCCAGAGAAAAAUGCAUCUCGUAUUGAAUCUCUGGAACAAGAAAAGGUUGAUGAUGAAGAAGAAGGAAAGAAAGAUGAAUCUAGCUGCUCUAGUGAAGAAGAUGAGGAAGAUGACUCAGAAUCAGAAGCUGAAACAGAUAAGACAAAACCCAUGGCUUCUGUAACUAAUGCCAGUACUUCUAGUACACAAGCAGCUCCUGUAGCUGUUACAACACCUACUGUUUCAUCUGGUCAGGCAACACCUACAUCACCUGUAAAAAAGUUUCCAACUUCAGCUACAAAAAUUUCUUCCAAAGAAGAAGAGAGAAAAGACGAGUCUCCUGCAUCUUGGAGGUUAGGACUUCGAAAGACUGGCAGUUAUGGUGCACUUGCAGAAAUCACAGCGUCUAAAGAGGCUCAGAAAGAAAAAGACACUGCAGGUGUUAUGCGUUCAGCUUCAAGUCCCAGGCUUUCCUCCUCUUUGGAUAAUAAAGAAAAGGAGAAAGAUAGUAAAGGAACAAGGCUUGCAUAUGUUGCACCUACAAUACCAAGACGACUAGCCAGCACAUCUGACAUUGAAGAAAAAGAAAACAGAGACUCUUCAAGUUUGCGUACAAGUAGUUCCUAUACAAGAAGAAAAUGGGAAGAUGAUCUCAAAAGGAAUAGCUCAAUUAAUGAAGGAUCAACUUAUCAUAAAAGUUGCUCCUUUGGUAGAAGACAAGAUGAUUUGAUUAGUUCUAGUGUUCCAAGCACCACAUCAACACCAACAGUUACCUCUGCAGCUGGGCUUCAGAAAAGCCUGCUUUCCAGCACAAGCACUACUACAAAGAUUACAACGGGUUCUUCCUCAGCAGGCACACAAAGCAGUACCUCAAAUCGUUUGUGGGCUGAGGAUAGUACUGAAAAAGAAAAGGACAGUGUUCCUACGGCAGUGACCAUUCCUGUUGCUCCAACUGUUGUAAAUGCUGCAGCCUCUACCACAACCCUGACCACAACUACUGCCGGCACUGUCUCCUCUACAUCAGAGGUCAGGGAGAGACGCAGAUCAUACCUCACUCCUGUUAGAGACGAAGAGUCUGAAUCCCAAAGAAAAGCAAGAUCUAGACAAGCAAGACAGUCUAGAAGAUCAACGCAGGGGGUGACAUUGACUGAUCUUCAAGAAGCUGAAAAAACAAUAGGAAGAAGUCGUUCUACCCGAACCAGAGAACAAGAAAAUGAAGAAAAAGAAAAAGAGGAAAAAGAAAAACAGGAUAAAGAGAAGCAAGAAGAAAAAAAGGAGUCAGAAACAUCUAGAGAAGAUGAAUAUAAGCAAAAGUAUUCCAGAACAUAUGAUGAGACUUAUCAGCGUUACAGAUCAGUAUCAACUUCAAGUUCAACCACUCCAUCCUCUUCACUUUCUACCAUGAGCAGUUCACUCUAUGCUUCAAGUCAAUUAAACAGGCCAAAUAGUCUUGUAGGUAUAACUUCUGCUUACUCACGAGGAUUAACAAAAGAAAAUGAAAGAGAGGGAGAAAAGAGAGAAGAGGAGAAAGAAGGAGAAGAUAAAUCACAGCCUAAAUCAAUCAGGGAACGACGGCGACCAAGAGAGAAAAGAAGAUCUACUGGAGUUUCAUUUUGGACACAAGAUAGCGAUGAAAAUGAACAAGAACAACAAUCAGAUACAGAAGAGGGGUCCAAUAAGAAAGAAACUCAGACGGAUUCCAUUUCUAGAUAUGAAACCAGUUCCACAUCAGCUAGUGAUCGGUAUGAUUCCUUGCUGGGUCGCUCUGCAUCAUACAGUUACUUAGAAGAAAGAAAACCUUACAGUAGCAGGCUAGAAAAGGAUGACUCAACUGACUUUAAAAAGCUUUAUGAACAAAUUCUAGCUGAAAAUGAAAAGCUGAAAGCACAGCUACACGAUACAAACAUGGAACUGACAGAUCUUAAAUUGCAGUUGGAAAAGGCUACCCAGAGACAAGAAAGAUUUACUGAUAGGUCACUAUUGGAAAUGGAAAAAAGGGAACGAAGAGCUCUAGAAAGAAGAAUAUCUGAAAUGGAAGAAGAGCUCAAAAUGUUACCAGACCUAAAAGCAGACAACCAGAGGCUAAAGGAUGAAAAUGGGGCCUUGAUCAGAGUUAUAAGCAAACUUUCCAAAUAAAAAAAAAAAAGGCAGCAAAUAAUGGAAUUGCACAUAUUAGUAACCCA